AUGGGGAUUCCGUCCGAGCAGUCGCAAGGCGCCGCGGCAGUGACUCUCACGGCUGGGAGUGACGUAGCGUCGAGAACAGCGAUAGCCGUGGCCAAUUGGUGCAAGGCACGUGGCGGACUCGCAGUGGACGUCGUGCAAGCCGCUGCCGAUCAGGCCGCUCCCUCCCUCAUCAGCGCGGCCAGCAGCCAGCCUGUAGCGGGCGCUACAGCAGUGUGGGCGGCUCUUGCGCUGGCGACAGGAGGCGACGCCGCCAAUGCGCUGCUGGGGAGGGAUGGCGCCGCGCGCGCUGAGGUGACUCAGUGGCUUCGCCAUCCCUGGGUCGUCGGUUCCCUGGCCUCCCUUGCCACGUCAGCAUGCCCGUCAGCGUCCACGUCAGCUGCAGUGUUGGACCCUCUCCCUCGCCUGCGCGCCCUCAACGCCUACCUGACUCCUCGCUCCGUGCUCGUGGGGCCAGGUGACGCGAUCACAUUGGCUGACAUUGCAGUCUUCGGUGCCGUUCAUGAUGACGUGCUGCUGGUGACGCCGUGUGACAGGGACGAGCUGCCUUACCUCAUGCGCUGGAUCGAUCUCGUGCAGCACAAGGGACAUGUGCGGGACACCUUCUCGCACAUUACCGUCAACACUGCCAAGUUCGACCCGCCUGCACCGGUUCCUCUUCCUGCCAAACCUGCAGCGCAGCCGAGCCAGUCAUCAGGUUCGGGAGGUGCCAAGCCUUCCACAGCAGCAGCAGGGAAGGCAGCUGCAGCCCCGGCAGAAGCUUCAUCAUCAGCAGCUGCUCCGGCUGCUGCCCCUUCCACCACUGCCGCAUCACAGGGUGACGCGGCAGGCAAGGGGAAGGGGAAGGACGAGAAGAAGGGCAAGGGGGAGCAGAAGAAGGGUGAAGCGAAGGAAGGGGCGGGUGCAGGGGGAGGGAAGGGGGCGGAUGUGAGUGUGGGGAUAUUGGACAUACGAGUGGGGCAGAUCAAGAAAGUGUGGAAACACCCCAAUGCAGACGCGCUGUACGUGGAGGAGAUAGACGUGGGCGAGGGCAGUGUGCGGCAGGUGGUCAGUGGGCUCGCCAAGUUCGUCACAGAGGACGAGAUGAUGGGCAUGCGGGUGGUGGUGCUCACAAACGUGAAGCCGGGGAAAGUGAGGGACGUUGUAUCGGCCGGCCUGGUGCUGUGUGCGUCCAACGAGGACCACACGGUGUGCCGCCCCGUGCAACCCCCAGAGGGGGCUGCCAUCGGCGAGAAGAUCACGUUCGCUGGAGUGGACGGCAAGGCAGAGGAGGUGCUCAACCCCAAGAAGAAGCUCUUCGAGAAGCUACAGCCAGUGCGUGCCUUGCUGCUGCUACAGCCAUUGCAGACAUGUGUCUCCCUGCUCUGUGCCUUCUCGUUUUCUGCGCACGGACGGCACGGGGGUGGCCAUGUUCCAGGACACGCCCAUGAUGACGACAAUCUUUUGUUCCUCCCUUCUUUGCUUCCCCUCCUGUGCAACCUUUCCCCCUCCCGUGCACGUCAGUUUCUGCGCACGGACGGCACGGGGGUGGCCAUGUUCCAGGACACGCCCAUGAUGACGACAGCAGGGCCGUGCACAUCCACCAUUGUGAACGCCACUGUCAAGCUCUGGACGUGGUGCGGAACAGAUCCCUCACAACUCCAGCAGGCAGCCGAGCUUAUCACAUCGUACCCCAACGCUGACCGGCCUCUCUUCGAGCCCCCGGACGAGGAGGGCUUUCCCGCGCCAGAAGACGUCAGCGAAAACCGCGAUGAGACCGACGGUGUUGGCGACUUCCCCAUCCCCACCUUACCCGAAGACCUCGUCCACGAUGAAGGUGGUCCCGAGGCAACGAAGGACGCCGCGCCUGCAAGUCCGCGUUCUCGCAAGAGUACGCACCGUCGCACGGCGCGCACCAUGGGUGAGAAGUGGCAGUGGCUUCUGUUGAUGAAAGACGAGAAUCUGUCAAUUCGUCACACGGCCCGUCUUGCAGGGGUUCAGCCAAUCAGCGUCCGCCGUUGGCUGAGGAUCGCGCAGGAGAUCGAAAAGGCUGCACCGUGCAGGCGUCGGCUGAAGGGUGGCGGUCGGCGGGCGAAAUACCCCGACAGGCCGUGUGUCAUCAUCCGCGCUCAUGAGAAGGGGUGGAUGGACGGCAAACUCGUCGACGACUGGGUUAACAGCGUCCUUCUCCCCUUCAUCAAGCCGCCUCGUGGCAUCCGUCGGUCCAAGACCCUCCUGGUCUUGGACUCCUACCGUGGACACAUCACGGACGGCGUUCUUGCGAAGCUCAGGUGGCACCGUGUGAUCCCCGCCAUCAUCCCGAGGGGGUGCACGCCCCUGCUGCAGCCCCUUGACGUGAGCAUCAACCGCUCCUUCAAGGCGGGACUGCGCACGUUCUACAACGACUGGUUCGCCGAUGAAGGGGUGAACAGCUUCACCCCCGCAGGUGCGUCUACCUUAAGGGUUCUAAACCGUAACAAAGUCGAGGUGGGAGAGGACGUCCACUCCUCCCCCUUGGUGGAUGAGUGGGUCAACCCCCUCUACACCACGACUGCUGACGACGAGGAAGCUGCCCGGGAGGCGGACGACGAGGACUGUGGGGACAUGCCCGAGGAGGAGGAGGAGGAGGAGGAGGAGGAGGAGGAGGAGGAGGAGGAGGAGGAGGAGGAGGAGGAGGAGGAGGAGGCCGAGAUGGAGGCGGAGGAGGAGGAGGAGGAGAUCGAGGGGGAGGCAGAGUGGGGAGACGUGGAGGAGGACGAGGUGGAGUAG